AUGCCUGAAAUAAAGGUGGUGCCCUUAGGUGCUGGACAAGAUGUUGGUAGAAGCUGUGUUUUGGUUUCCAUUGGUGGCAAGAAUAUCAUGUUUGACUGUGGAAUGCAUAUGGGAUACAACGAUGAGCGUAGAUUUCCAGACUUUUCUUACAUUACCAGAGCUGGUACCUUAACAGAGCACUUGGACUGUGUCAUCAUAAGCCAUUUUCACUUAGAUCAUUGUGGAUCUUUACCGCAUAUGUCUGAGAUGAUUGGAUUUGAUGGACCCAUCUAUAUGACAAUUCCUACAAAAGCUAUAUGUCCUAUUCUAUUGGAGGAUUACCGAAAGAUAACUGUUGAAAAAAAAGGCGAGACCAAUUUUUUCACAUCUCAGAUGAUUAAAGAUUGUAUGAAGAAAGUAGUGGCCGUGAACUUGCAUCAGACAGUACAGGUUGAUGAUGAAUUGGAAAUCAAAGCAUACUAUGCUGGCCACGUGUUAGGUGCCGCUAUGUUUCAUGUGAAGGUUGGAUCACAAUCAGUUGUCUACACAGGAGAUUAUAACAUGACUGCAGACAGACAUCUUGGAUCUGCCUGGAUUGAUAAAUGUAGGCCUGAUUUAUUAAUCUCAGAGUCUACAUAUGCAACUACAAUCAGGGAUUCAAAAAGAUGCCGUGAGAGGGAUUUUCUACAAAAAGUACAUGACUGCGUUGAGAAAGGUGGUAAAGUCCUCAUCCCUGUAUUUGCACUCGGAAGAGCACAGGAACUAUGUAUCUUAUUGGAAACAUUUUGGGAUCGAAUGAACUUAAAAGCUCCAAUAUACUUUUCUACUGGACUUACUGAAAAGGCUAAUCAUUACUAUAAAUUAUUCAUAACAUGGACUAACCAGAAAAUCAGGAAGACGUUUGUGCAAAGAAACAUGUUUGAAUUCAGACACAUUAAGCCGUUUGACCGUUCAUACACCGAUAAUCCUGGUCCUAUGGUAGUGUUUGCCACUCCUGGUAUGUUACAUGGUGGAUUGUCAUUACAUGUAUUCAAGAAAUGGGCAUCAAAUGAAAAAAACAUGGUCAUCAUGCCUGGUUACUGUGUUGCCGGUACUGUUGGGCAUAAAAUAUUGAAUGGACAAAGAAAAAUUGAACUUGAAAACAGGCAAACGAUCGAUGUAAAGCUAUCAGUUCAGUACAUGUCAUUCAGCGCUCAUGCAGAUGCUAAAGGUAUCAUGCAAUUAAUUAAGCAAUGUGAACCGAAAAAUGUCAUGUUAGUACAUGGUGAAGCAAAGAAAAUGGACUUCCUGAAACAGAAAAUUGUACAACAGUUUGGUGUACAGUGUUUUAUGCCUCCAAAUGGAGAAAGUGUUGUCAUAGAAACACAUUCAAAUAUCCCUGCAGAUAUUUCUGUGAAUCUACUAAAGAGGAAUGCCGCUUUAGCUGGUUUCAGCAGUACUCUUUCCACGGAUCCCAAGAAGCUAUGUACCAUGCAUGGGGCACUAGUUAUGCACGAUAAUCGUAUAACAAUAGUAGAAGCAAGCCAAGCAUUGAAAGAGUGCAGCGCAUCUGAACAUGAAAUACGAUUUACCUCAACUGUAUCGCUACCACCAGCAUGUAGUAUGGAUGUACUGUACAAGACACUGAAACAGCGUUUCUCUGGUCACAAUGUACAACACGCAUCAGAUGGAUCCUUACAGGUUGAUUCUGUACUAGUUAAGAUUUCAGGUGAGUCAGAUGAAGGUACAGAUAUGCUGGUUUCCUGGCCAUAUCAGGAUGAAGAGCUUGGAAGUUCACUACUCACAAUGUUGCAAAAUAGAUUCGCCAAGGAGAAAAGAGAAUAA